GUAUAAAAUGUGGACGCGUGCGUCGAUCCUUGUGUCAAUUCAAACUGACAAGCUAACUGUCGACAUGUUCAAGUCUUUCUUGGUGCUGUUCGUCGCUGUGCUGCUGAUUGGCGGAAGCCAACAAGCACCGCAGUCAUCAUCUUCAGGUGCCGGUACUGGUGGAAAUGCAGGAGCAGGAGCUAGUGGCGGAGCAGGUUUCAGUUAUGGCGCCGGGGUAGGAGGCAACGCAGGAGCGGGCGCCGGUGCUGGUGGCUCAGGCUGAUUGUAAUAACCAUGAAACAAGAGCAGUCCAGAAAAUAUCUACGUAACUCUACAUCACUCGAAAUACGUAUUAUUAAGUACCUAAUCUUAAUUCAGUUCGGUGUGAUUUUACAAUAAAUCUAACAAUAG